UCUCUCCUUCUUUUUUUGCUUUGUACCUCUGUAUAUGUUAGCAGAGCGGUAAGUUUUUUGAUUGAUUGAUUGAUGAUCUAACCAUGUAUUGCGUUUUCUUCAAUUGGGUCUUGAAAUUUUGUUUUUUUAGGGUACUUCUUCAUUCCUUCUUUUAUGCAAUUUAAUUUUUUUUUACAUUCAAAGAGCAGUGGAUGCGGUUGAACCAGCUGCAGAGGGUUAGAUCCACAUCUUUAGCUUUGUUUGUUCAAAGUGUGGAUUUUGAGCACAAUGUUGUUAACGUCUAUGUACAAUCUUCUCUUUGGUGGAGUUUAGUUUUUAUUAUUAGUGUAAUCUGUUAAGAAGGGGUUCAUUGAGUUCUCUUCUCUUUGCUCUUUUUUUCUUUUUCUUUUUUUCUCCCCUCCUUUUAACUCUUUUCUCAAUUGAAAUCUCGGAUUUUUAUUGUUGCAAAACCUAUUUGAGGCCUAUUAGCACACCUAGUGUUUCUCCUUGAAGAACUAUAGGCAGAAUCAGAUGCAACAAGCUUAUGAGAUAUGUGGAAAAGAAAGGACAAAACGAAAUUAAGAAAGGAUUAAAUGAUCGGGGUUUCCAUUCGAACUAGUGCCUUAAGCAGGAAGGACAUAUAAUUAUGUGGUGAGGUAUCACAUAUAAGAUAAAGCUUGCUUGUAGGAGUGAUCUUUCACCUUUAUUGAGGAGAUAUAAAACUAGCUUACUUACUAAUACAUAGGCAAGAAGCACUUCUUUCUCAAAGUCAACUUUCUCCCUUCGCUAAAAAUUCCACAUUGAGUAUAGGUAGGAGAUUCAAUUGUGUGAAAAUUGAUCAAGGUGUUCUAAUGUUUUACCAUACUCAUGGAAAUUAUGGUGGAGAAUGAGGGUAAAAUAGAGCUAAAAAGAGAAGUAGCCUCAUGUAGCAGGCCCCAAGCAGAGGCGGAACUAGAAUUUGAAGCUUAUGAGUUCAAGAUUCUAUUUUUUCUAAGUUAUCGGGUUCUAAAUUAAUAAUUUGUACAUAUUCAAUGACUUUUAAAGACAAAUACAGAGUUUGGAUCAAAACUAAUGGGGUCGGCCGAACCCGCGUCCGAAGCUCUAGCUCCGCCCCUUGCCCCAAGUAGUAGAGUAAGUGACAAAGAGUAGCAUCUUUGCGCGUGUCCCAUCCUCUUCUCCAACCCUUUUGACAAAGGUCAAAAUAGUCUCGCCAACUCUAAUGGAGGUUAAGCUAUGGAAUGAUAAGCGGGAAAGAGAAAUGUAUGACAACUUUGCCGAGCUCUUUGCUAUAAUAAAGGCAACCGAAAAGCUCGAGAAGGCUUAUGUUCGUGACAUCAUCUCACCUGCAGAAUACGAAACUGAAUGCCAGAAAUUGAUUGCUCAUUUCAAGACAUUAUCUUCCACAUUGAAAGAUACUGUACCUAGCAUUGAGCGAUUUCAUGACACCUACAAAAUGGAUUGCCCUGCAGCCCUAAACCGGCUUGUGACCUCUGGGGUGCCCGCCACUGUGGAGCACAGAGCCGCCGCUGCAAUGUCAGCUACAACCUCAGCUGCUGUUGUGGCUGAAUGUGUGCAGAACUUCAUCACUGCUAUGGACUCUUUGAAGCUGAAUAUGGUUGCUGUUGACCAGGUCCAUCCCCUAUUGUCGGAUCUAUCAUCUUCCCUUAAUAAACUUUCAAUUCUACCAGCUGAUUUUGAGGGGAAGACAAAAAUGAGAGAGUGGCUCUCAAGGCUAUCAAAAAUGGGAGCUGCAGAUGAGUUGACAGAACAGCAGGCUCGUCAACUCCACUUCGAUCUUGAAUCAUCAUACAAUUCUUUCAUGGCAGCACUGCCCACUGCUGGAACUUAAUUGCUUAUUUCAGGUGAUAUGUUUGUACAUAUGAUGUGGCUGAUUUUUUUUUAAUCAAGUUUAUACUACAUAUGAUGCUUUAUUUGGUUGAACUGCUGGUUGAUCAUUUUGAGGAUUCGGAAAAGAGUCAUGUAAUUUGCAGGACUGUGUCUGGUGGUUCCAUUUUAUUCAACAUGAACUCAUCCCAGACAACAUUUUUACUUGGUUUGCGUGCUUUUCUUUUGUAACAUUAUUGAGCGUUUGAUAGUAGUUUUUUCAACUGAAGUGCUAAUUUUUUUUAUGUUAAAUUAAGCAUCCAUGGCAUUAA